UCUCGUUUUAGGUAUUCGUUAUCAAGAUGUCGAAGGUCUUUGAAUCGAUGAAUGACAUGAUGCCGGGUCGAAUAGGAUUAGGAGGAGGAAGAGAGUGGCCGGGGCAAGUCACCGGACGGUCAACACCCAGAGAGACUUCCAUGGAAACAAAUCACCGCCCCUGGUGAAGGUCCUUUUCGUCAUUUCAUUUAUUAAAGAAAUCGCCGAUCCGAAUCUCUCCUUCCACCUCCUUGUCUUUGUUUGCAUUUGCUCCCACUGAAACUCACUUCCUCUCUUCUCGCCAUCUCCUUCUUCAUCCUCCUACGCUGACUAAGCUGAGUCGACUCGUCACCGGUUCUCCAUUAGUUCCAUAGGAGGUCGUUCUCUUGACUCUCCAGAUCUGAGUCGGUGUCUCGCUGAAAUUGCCAUCACUCGGGAAUGGCUUCUACGGAAGUCGAUUCCCGCUUAGGCCGAGUCAUAGUCCCAGCCUUAGAGAAGAUCAUCAAGAACGCAUCUUGGAGAAAGCACUCCAAGCUCGCUCACGAGUGCAAAUCCGUCAUUGAACGUCUCAGAUCGCCGGAAAAGCCUUCUCCCUUGUCCGACUCCGAAUCUGGAUCCUCCGUACCCGGUCCGCUUCAUGAUGGGGGAGCCACCGAGUACUCUCUCUCCGAUUCCGAGAUCAUCCUCAGUCCUCUGAUCAACGCCUGCGGCACCGGCGUUCUGAAGAUUGUCGAUCCGUCCCUCGAUUCGAUCCAGAAGCUCGUCGCACAUGGCUACGUUCGUGGCGAGGCCGAUCCCACCGGCGGACCUGAGGCGCAACUCCUUUCUAAGCUCAUCGGAUCAAUUUGCAAAUGUCACGAGCUGGAUGAUGAGGGAAUCGAGUUACUGGUGUUGAAGACUCUCUUAACUGCUGUAACUUCGAUAUCCCUGCGGAUUCAUGGCGAUUCCUUGCUUCAGAUCGUGAGGACUUGUUACGGUAUCUACUUAGGAAGCAGAAACGCGGUUAAUCAGGCGACGGCGAAAGCCUCGCUGGUUCAGAUGUCUGUUAUCGUGUUCAGGAGGAUGGAGGCAGAUUCAUCUACGGUCCCGAUUCAGCCGAUCGUGGUGGCCGAGCUGAUGGAGCCGAUGGACAAAUCUGAAUUGGACCCAUCGACGACGCAGUCCGUUCAAAGCUUCAUUACCAAAAUUAUGCAGGAUAUUGAUGGAGUGUUCAAUUCCUCGAACCCCAAGGGGCCGUUGGGCGGCCACGAUGGUGCCUUCGAGACUUCAAUGGCUGGGACUGCGAAUCCUACUGAUUUGUUGGAUUCUACCGAUAAGGAUAUGUUGGAUGCCAAGUAUUGGGAGAUCAGUAUGUAUAAGUCGGCCCUUGAGGGAAGGAAAGGAGAGCUUGCUGAUGGAGAAGCGGAGAAAGACGAUGAUUCGGAGGUUCAAAUUGGGAAUAAGCUGAGGAGAGAUGCAUUUUUGGUGUUCAGGGCGCUUUGCAAGCUGUCCAUGAAGACGCCUCCUAAGGAGGAUCCAGAGUUAAUGAGGGGGAAGAUUGUGGCUUUAGAGUUAUUGAAGAUUCUGUUGGAGAAUGCCGGUGCUGUCUUUAGGACCAGCGAUAGGUUUUUAGGUGCGAUCAAGCAAUACCUGUGUCUCUCAUUAUUGAAGAACAGUGCUUCAAAUCUUAUGAUUAUUUUCCAGCUUUCAUGCUCCAUUUUACUUAGCUUGGUUUCAAGAUUUCGGGCUGGGCUGAAGGCAGAGAUUGGAGUGUUCUUCCCUAUGAUUGUUCUCAGAGUACUAGAGAAUGUUGCUCAACCUGAUUUUCAACAGAAGAUGAUAGUUCUUCGGUUCCUGGACAAGCUCUGUGUUGAUUCACAAAUCUUAGUAGACAUCUUUAUCAAUUACGAUUGUGAUGUCAAUUCGUCUAACAUAUUUGAGAGGAUGGUCAAUGGUCUCCUGAAGACUGCCCAAGGUGUGCCUCCUGGCACAGUUACAACGUUAUUGCCACCUCAGGAAUCAACCAUGAAACUUGAAGCCAUGAAAUGCUUAGUGGCUGUAUUAAGGUCAAUGGGAGACUGGGUGAACAAGCAGCUGCGCCUACCAGAUCCUAAUUCAGCAAAAAUGCUCGAAGGAGAUGAGAAAAACCCUGAAGAAGGUAGCCAUCCAAUGGAAAACGGUAAGGGGGAUGGGAAUCUUGAAGGUUCAGAGCCUCAGUCUGACUUAUCCAGUGGGACUUCUGAUGCUUUGGCUAUCGAGCAGCGUCGAGCAUACAAGCUUGAACUUCAGGAAGGUAUUUCUAUUUUCAACCGUAAACCUAAGAAAGGCAUUGAAUUCCUAAUCAAAGCAAACAAGGUAGGGAACUCACCUGAAGAAAUAGCAGGUUUCCUUAAAGAUGCAUCUGGGUUGAACAAGAGUUUGAUAGGGGAUUAUCUCGGAGAAAGAGAAGACAUGUCUCUGAAAGUGAUGCAUGCGUAUGUGGAUUCGUUCGAAUUUCAAGGAAUGGAAUUUGAUGAGGCUAUUCGAGCCUUUCUUCAAGGCUUCAGGUUGCCAGGAGAGGCACAAAAAAUUGACCGCAUCAUGGAAAAGUUUGCUGAGCGUUACUGUAAAUGUAAUCCAAAGGCCUUUUCUAGUGCUGAUACUGCUUAUGUCCUUGCUUACUCUGUCAUUAUGCUCAACACAGAUGCUCAUAACCCUAUGGUGAAGAAUAAGAUGUCAGCUGAUGAUUUUAUCCGAAACAAUCGUGGUAUAGAUGAUGGAAAAGACAUACCUGAGGAGUACAUGCGUGCUUUAUAUGAAAGGAUAUCUAGAAAUGAGAUAAAGAUGAAGGAUGCUGAUUUGACUGUGCAACAGAAGCAGUCAACAAAUUCAAGUAGAUUGCUUGGCUUGGAUGCUAUUUUGAAUAUAGUUGUCCCUAGACGUGGUGAAGACAUGUAUAUGGAGAGCAGUGAUGAUCUUAUCAGGCAUAUGCAGGAGAGGUUUAAAGAAAAAGCUCGCAAAUCCGAGUCAGUUUAUUACGCAGCAUCUGAUGUGGUUAUACUCAGAUUUAUGAUCGAGGUUUGUUGGGCUCCUAUGCUGGCUGCUUUCAGUGUUCCACUUGAUCAGAGUGACGAUACAAUAGUUAUAACGCUAUGUCUUGAGGGCUUCCAUCAAGCUAUCCAUGUCACUUCUGUAAUGUCCAUGAAGACACAGAGAGAUGCCUUUGUGACUUCACUAGCAAAAUUUACUUCCCUCCACUCUCCUGCUGACAUCAAGCAGAAAAACAUUGAGGCCAUAAAGGCGAUUGUCAAGCUUGCAGAGGAGGAGGGCAACUAUCUACAAGAUGCAUGGGAGCAUAUUUUGACUUGCGUUUCUCGGUUUGAGCAUCUUCAUCUGUUGGGGGAAGGCGCACCUCCGGAUGCCACUUUCUUUGCAUUUCCCCAAACCGAGGCUGGGAACUCUCCAAAGCCUAAGUCAAGUUCUGUUCCUGUUCUUAAAGAAAGGGGACCUGGGACACUUCAGUAUGCAGCCUCUGCUGUAGUAAGGGGUUCAUAUGAUGGUUCUGGUGUCGUGGGCAAGGCUUCUGGUACAAUGACGUCUGAACAGAUGAACAACCUGAUUUCUAACCUAAAUUUGCUAGAACAGGUUGGUGACAUGAGUCGCAUCUUUACGCGGAGUCAAAGAUUGAACAGUGAAGCCAUAAUUGACUUUGUUAAAGCCCUCUGCAAAGUUUCUAUGGAUGAAUUGAGAUCUCCAUCUGAUCCACGUGUCUUCAGCCUUACAAAGAUUGUUGAAAUUGCGCACUAUAACAUGAAUCGCAUAAGGCUCGUCUGGUCUAGCAUCUGGCACGUGCUAUCUGAUUUCUUCGUGACUAUUGGUUGCUCUGACAACCUCUCAAUAGCAAUUUUUGCUAUGGAUUCCUUGCGCCAACUGUCGAUGAAAUUCUUAGAGAGGGAAGAGCUAGCUAAUUAUAACUUCCAGAAUGAGUUUAUGAAACCUUUCGUUAUCGUCAUGCGCAAAAGUGGUGCUGUUGAGAUAAGGGAAUUAAUUAUACGGUGUGUCUCUCAGAUGGUUUUAUCUCGGGUGAACAAUGUCAAGUCGGGAUGGAAGAGUAUGUUCAUGAUUUUCACCACAGCAGCUCACGAUGCCCAUAAAAAUAUUGUAUUCUUGGCCUUUGAAAUGGUUGAGAAGAUUAUCCGAGACUAUUUCCCGUACAUUACUGAGACAGAGACAACCACCUUCACAGACUGUGUAAACUGUCUUGUUGCCUUCACCAAUAGUAAAUUUGAGAAAGAUAUCAGUCUCCAUGCCAUUGCUUUUCUGCAGUAUUGUGCGAGAAAACUUGCUGAAGGUGAUAUCGGUUCAUCAUCAAAGAAGAAUACUCCAUCCUCUCCUCGCAAUGCCAAAAACGGGAAACAAGAUAAUGGAAAAUUUUUUGAAAGCGAAGAGCAUUUGUAUUCUUGGUUUCCCUUGUUAGCUGGCCUUUCUGAACUUAGUUUUGACCCGAGACCAGGGAUUAGGAAGAAUGCAUUAAAAGUGCUGUUUGAUACAUUACGCAACCAUGGUGACCAUUUUAGCCUAUCCCUAUGGGAAAGAGGGUUUGAGUCGGUCUUGUUUAGGAUUUUUGACUACGUGCGUCAUGACGUAGACCGGUCUGGUGAGGAUGCUUCUGAUUGGGAGCGUUACACUGGUGAGCUUGACCAGGAGUCUUGGCUAUACGAGACUUGCACAUUGGCUCUGCAGCUAGUGGUGGACCUUUUCAUCAGUUUCUACAAGACUGUCAACCCCCUUCUGAAGAAGGUUUUAAUGCUUUUCGUAAGUUUGAUAAAACGUCCUCACCAAAGUCUGGCCGGUGCUGGUAUUGCUGCGCUUGUGCGUUUGAUGAGAGAAGUUGGUCAUCAACUCUCCGAUGAACAAUGGCUUGAUGUGGUCUCUUGCAUUAGAGAAGCAGCAGAUGCAACUUCCCCAGAUUUCUCGUAUGUUCUUAGUGAAGGCUCGGCGGAUGUAGGGCAUGAGGAUGAAACAAGUGAUAAUCCAGACAUCCUGAGACGAAAUAGCCAGCUUCUUGCCGCUGUAUCUGAUGCCAAAUCCAAAGCUUCUGUUCAAAUUUAUAUAAUUCAGGCGGUGACAGAUAUCUACAACAUGUACGGGACAUCACUGUCAGCCAAACACAUGUUAAUACUGUACGAUGGGAUGCACAGGAUAGCAUCCAACGCUCACAGGAUCAAUGCUGAUCCUGUCUUACGUUCAAAGCUCCAAGAGCUUGGCUCCGUGCCAGAAUCCCAAGACCCUCCUCUACUGAGAUUAGAGAACGAAGCUUACCAAACAUGUCUAACCUUCUUACAUAACCUGAUAUCAGAUCAGACGACGAGCGAGAUUGAAUCCUACCUGGUGGGUCUGUGCAGAGAGGUACUGGAGUUCUACAUAGAAAUAGCAGGUUCAAGGGGCAAGGGUGAGUCGGGCUGGGGAGUAGUGCCAUCAGGAACAGGGAAACGGAGGGAGCUGACGGCACGUGCACCGCUGGUGGUGGCGGCCAUCCAGACAAUAGGUAACAUGGGAGAGUCCAUGAUGAAGAAGCACAUUUUGGAGUUUUUCCCUCUGGUUGAGACAUUGAUAAGCUGUGAGCACGGUUCCAAUGAGAUUCAAUUAGCCCUGAGCGACAUGCUUCAGUCAUCAAUAGGACCUGUGCUUCUCCGCUUCUGCUAAGACCCGUAAUCUCCACAUAUACAUCCCCCCACCUUGUUUUUUGAAUGGAAAAAAAAUACGUGCGUCAUUAGCUUUUGCCUUCUGUCUCUCUUUUUUUAAAUCAUCUUCUUGCAUUGAUUGUUUCUCCUUCUCAUUUGAUCAUGGAAGCUCCAUCUCACUGGCUUUUGCUUUAUUUUUUUGUUUUUUUUUUUGGAUUUAGAUGUUUGUACAUUUAGUGAGUCCCAGUUUUCGUGUUUUAUAGCUUGCAUGAUAAGUGAGGGAAAGGAGAGAUGAUGCUUAAUAGGCGGAAUUUGGUUAUGAUGUAUGUGUUUUUAUAAUGCGUAUUUUGUCAGUGAAGAGUAACCAUUGUUAACUAA